AUGGCCCCUUCAGCACGCUUCGAAUCCGACAAUGUCGAUGCUUCCCCUCUGGGAAAGCCCCUCCAGUUCGCUUUCAGCAACAAAUCGGCACCAAACCGCUUCCUCAAGGGAGCAAUGACUGAGCGCAUCUCUUCGUGGGACCCAAAGAACCUGGAGGCUCGAGGUAUUCCUUCAAAGAACUUGGUCAAUGUCUACAAGCGCUGGGGAGAGGGUGGUCUAGGCCUGAUUCUUAGUGGAAACAUCAUGUUUGAAUAUGACCAUCUUGAGGCGGCUGGCAACCCUAUAAUUCCUAAAACGGCACCCUUCGAGGGAGAGCGCUUCGAUCGAUUCAAGGAGAUGGCUUCGCAAGGAAAAGCUCACGGGGCGUUGAUGGUUGGUCAGGUCUCUCACCCUGGUCGACAGGUGGAAUCACGCAUCCAGAAGAACCCUGUCUCUGCCUCGGACGUUCAGCUUAAAGGCGAGGUGAUGGGCAUGACCUUCGCCAAGCCACAUGCUGCCUCCGACGAGGAGCUGAAAGGUUUUGUCGAGGGCUGGGCACACGCUGCGGAGUAUCUGGAGAAGGCUGGGUGGGAUGGUAUCCAACUCCACGGAGCUCACGGUUACCUUCUUGCGCAAUUCCUUUCCCCCACAACCAACCAAAGAACGGACAAGUACGGUGGUUCGCUUGAGAACAGGGCUCGCUUGAUCUUGGAGAUUGCCCAAGAGAUCCGGAAGCGAACGAAGCCCGACUUCGUUGUUGGCAUCAAGCUCAACUCUGUAGAGUUUCAGGACAAGGGCUUCAACCCUGAAGAAGCCCAGAAGCUCUGCGCCAUGCUUGAGCAGAACAAGCUCGACUUUGUCGAGCUCAGUGGUGGUACUUAUGAGAAGCUUGCAUUUUCGCACCAGCGUGAAAGCACCAAGAAGAGAGAGUCUUUCUUCCUUGAGUUCGCUGAGACCAUUGUGCCGGGUCUUACAAAGACGAAGACCUAUGUCACUGGAGGCUUCAAGACCGUUGGCGCAAUGGUUUCGGCACUCGAUACAGUGGAUGGCGUCGGACUCGCCCGACCUGUAUGCCAAGAGCCACAUCUCUGCAAAGACAUCCUUGAAGGCAAGGUCAAGGGCGCGAUUGAGCAGAAGAUCGACAGAGAAAACUUCGGGUUGACAAACGUAGCCGCUGGAACUCAGAUCCGUCAAGUUGGCCAGGACCAGGAGCCGAUUGAUCUCUCCAUAGAGGCCAACGUCGACGCAUUCAUGAAGGACAUGGGUGCGUGGGGCGAGAAGAUGGCCAAGGACAGCGAGAUGAACAACUAUGGCUAUAUUGAUCUUACCGCGGCACCCGUUCCUUAUGGAACUGCUUCCGCUUAG